UCAUUUAAUCAAUUCUAUUCCCAGUACCCUUUUCUUCUCCGUCCACCUCCUUCCAUGGCGAUGGAGCUUCUCUCAGCCUACACCAACGCCCAUCUCUCCGCCGCAAUGGACCAAGACUCCGCCGUCCAUGAAGCCGCCUCCGGUAUCCACACUCUCAAAAAGCUCAUCUCAUUACUCUCCCACUCCCCCCCUUCUAACCUCGACUCCGAUUGCCAAGCCGUUGCUAACGCCGCCGUCUCCCAUUUCAAAAAGGCCAUUUCUCUCCUCGGACACUCCCCUCGUACCGGCCACGCUCGAUUCCGCCGCGCCCCUUUAGAUUCCUCUCAAAUUUACAACGCUACCCCCAUUCAGCAAAUCCCUCCGCCGCCCCUCGAAUCUGCCACCACCAUUAAUUUCUCUCAUUCCUCGUUUCCCGCCGCCGACUCUGAAAUUAACCUUCGACACCAACCCUCUUCCUCUUCUUUCCAAAUCACUGAUCUCUCCAGGGUUUCCUCUGUUGUCUCUAAGCCCUCUUCUGGCUCCAAGAGAAAGUGCGGCUCUGAAAAUUUGGGCUCUGGGAAGUGCGGCGAAUCCUCCGGUGGUCGAUGCCAUUGCUCCAAGAAGAGCAGAAAAUUGAAGUUAAAAAGAGUGGUGAGAGUUCCAGCUAUUAGCUCAAAGAACGCUGAUAUUCCUCCUGAUGAUUAUUCAUGGAGGAAAUAUGGACAGAAGCCAAUAAAGGGUUCUCCAUAUCCAAGAGGUUACUAUAAAUGCAGCAGUUUAAGAGGAUGCCCUGCUAGAAAACAUGUGGAGAGAGCUUCAGAUGAUCCAUCUAUGUUAAUAGUGACAUAUGAAGGCGAUCAUAAUCACUCUCAAUCAGUGGCAGAGGCCUCAAGUCUCAUCCUUGAAUCAUGGUGAACACAAAGAACAGAAUCACAACCAAAAAAAUCACUCUGUUUUUCUUUUGAUUCAUACAGAAAUAGAAAUAGUUAUUUGUUUA